AUGGGUUCAGCCAGCGAGAGUACCUUCAAAAAUAUUCAAAAAACACUCGAACCCUACAUCCGACCAAGAGAGGAAGUCACACGUAUAAGACAGAUUUUGGCUGUUCACCUCGGCUCGUCCCUCAACGAUGGCGGUGCACUCGGGCCUCUGGCUCUUAUUGAUACGGAUGAAGUCGAACCCCCCUUAACCGCCCGAGGUUUGCAGAAAGAAUACCUCGAGGCCUUGAACGCAAACAUCAAGGCUCGCGACGAGUUUGCCGCAUGUUGCCAUGAGCAGCCGCAACCAAAGGAGACUCCAACGAGUCCCGAUGACCAGUGUGCAGAUCGAUUGCAGGAACACCUCACAGCAAUCCGCCUUCGACAGAAACGCGAUAAACUGCAGGCCAUUGAGGGGGGUAUCACCUCGCUCAGUCAAAAACCAGCCGCGUCACCCAACUUCCUGAAACCCGAGGAAAUAUUUAGGGAUUCGAGGCCGCUCCCGGAUAUGCCCAGGGAGUUGGUGACUGCUCUGACGUUUGACAAGUCAAACAGCGGCCCGCAUAUUAAGGGGCUCGUCGACCAGCUGGAUAAGCACGUUCUGCAAACGAAGCUCCUGCUGCAACGCGAGGAGCAACUGUUAGAGAAGGUCAAGUCACGAUCCAGCGUCAGACCGGAGACGCUUAGCCCAGGCGCGAAAUUUGAGGCACUGAACAAGACGAGAGAGACGCUUAUCAACUGGAUCGAGACCGAGCUCAGCAAGGCCGCGGGGGAGGAUGGGGGUGCGGAGGGACAGGAAUCCCAAAAGCACCGCCCGCAUGCAGAGUCUCUCAACAUGGAGGAGCAGCUGGCUAGUAUCCAGGAAAAAUAUGCUCAGUAUCUCGAGGCGAGAAAGACUCUUCUUCAGCUUGUCAGCCAGCAACCUCAGCCGGUCAUCAGACCUCCCACGAAGGAGGUGACACCACCAGCUCCAGGAACACCAAAACCACCACCCACCGCACACCUCUUGUCCCCGUACCUCGAGCAACUGCUCUCGAUUUCCCGCGAGCAGAAAGGGCUUAUUGCCCACAAAUCGCACCUCAACGCAACCGUUUCCAAGCAGGUGAAAGAAAACAGCCAGAUCAUCGACCACCUGGCCGAAGAGAGCCACCUCAUACCAGCGCACCCCAUGCCAGGAGCGGGGCGGGCCAAUGCAGCCUUUGCCGAGGCUACGUCGAUGACCGGAGAGCCUGGGCCCUCCGACCGGGUAAGACCCUGGGUGUUCGCGGCCGACUCCGCCAAAAUCUCUACUCUGGAAGCCGUGGCCGAGAAGAUCGAGGAGGGCCAGGUUGCGCUCGAGGGCUCGAUGCGCAGGUUUGGGGAGAUUGAAGAGCUGCUGGGACCACCCCCAGACGGUCAACAGAAGGACAAGGGCGGGAGGGCCGGCGAGGAUGAUCUAUGGCUGGCUGAAGGCCGCCCAUCAGGGAGGGCGGCAGGGGCACGGAAGAAUACGAUCGGAAAAGCAGAGAAACCGGCGGACCCCAAGACGGUGUGGGAUACGUUGGAUGGAAAUCUCGGGCUUCUUCGAGCCGAGAAAGAUAGCUCUUAA